GUCCAAAAAAAGCGGGGUCGAGCACAGAGUUCAAUUGUUGAGCCUGCCAUGAAGCGGCCAAAGUCUGUGGAAUGCAAAACUCCUUGGCAAAGGCAGGAGAUUCCGAAUAUUGGGGAGGAGACAGUUGGUCUUACUUUUGACCCCCUGAGGCCAGUUCGUCGUGGUUUGCUUCUAGAGACAGCGAAAUUCUUCUGGGAAUGGGGACAAAAAGAAAAUACGCAUGUGAGAUUAUGUGGAAAACAUGGUGUGGACACUUCGCAUGACUUCUUCAUUCGCCUUUUGACCAAGGAUGGUUGGUUGAAUGACACAAACAUCGACAUGGGAUUGUAUUUGCUAAGGGUACGGCAGACAAUAUAUGCAAACUUGGUGCGUUCGGACUGGGCAAUAGUAGAUACUCUGUUCCAGACUUAUGCUGCAAUAGAUUUGCAACAUAUGCGCCUUUAUGGUGGAAAGGAAGAUAGGACCCAUAGCAAUGCUUUGGUGAAAAUGGUUAAUGGCAAACUGCCUACGUGGGGUAAACCUUGGUCUUCCGUGAAAAUUUUUUUUAUGCCGUACAAUGUGAGGCAAAAGCACUGGGUGAGACUUGUUUUAGAUUUAACAAGUUGUGAAAUUUUUGUGUACGAUUCAAAUAUAGAUUUGUUUAGGACCCACAUAUUGGUAAAGGCAGUGCAGCCACUUGCAAAAUUGAUCACUCCAUUGUUAGAAGAAGCUGGGUAUGUUGGUGAUUUUCCUCUGCGAAAAGGUGAGUGGCCAAUUCAUCGUGUAAUGGAUUCUGCCCAACAAGUUGGAGGCGGUGACUGCGGGAUGUUUGUCAUCAAAUACUGUGACUUUCUGAGCUGGAAUGUGGAGUUGGGGAAAAUUUCAAAUGAGGCCAUGCAUUUAUUCCGUCUAAAGCUUACUGUAGACUUGUUGCAGGGAUGCUACAAUAUAUAGCUGUAUGAUUAUGGCUGAAUGUUUAACUGCCUUAGUUUUGAACUUGAGAGGUAUUUCCAACCGUGUGAACACACAUGCAACACUAUUUUGUUUUGAUUACGGUGAUGUGAAUAUAUUAGCAAUUCACUCA